UCUUCUCCUCAGUUUCUUCUUCUCAAACCUUAUUAUGCUUAUCAUCAUUCUUUAACUUCUUCCCCAGAAUCGGAAUCUGAACAACAUCUCUUCAUGGUUUCAUUUUCACUCCUAAAUCAAAGUCCAAGACCGGCAAUAACGAGAACUGGGGCAUGGGUUUGUUUCUCGUCUUCUUCCCCGAAGAUCAUCACGACAACAACAACAAUAAAAAUGAUUCCUUUCUUUACAAAAAAAAUAAUCUUUUAUCUUCUUCUUCGUCUUCGAUUAGAAGAACAAACUCUAGUGUCUUGUUUACCAAAGCUCAAUCGACGAUUUCCAUUUGUGCUCUCUUUGUUUUUCUCACUCUUCUUCUCUUCACACUCUCCACUUUCGAGCCCUCUGUGAACACUCCCAAUUCUAUUACAACUCCACGGAGAUUUUUAUCUCAAAAAUCUUCUUCCUCAAACACAUUUUCUUCUUUCUUGAAAAUGCCCGGUUAUUUUCAUAACGAUAAGCUCAAAAAUGAAGCGACGUCGAUUGCUUUACAAGGGAUGGGUACUUUGUACAGGCGUGGGACUAGAGCCGUGAGUGAUCUUGUUGUUGCUCAUGUGAUUGAAGAUGUUAAAGAAGAUGAAUUUCGUUUGUUUCUCAGACUUUUGCAUCGCUCUGGCCUCACUGCGAGAGCUGAUGUUGCUUUUCUCUUUCGUUCUUCGUCUUUGUUGUUAAAGUUUAGUCCUGUAAUGCGUGAAGAGAACGAAUCGUUCUUGAAACUCAUUCAACAUUACAAGGAAUCGAAUGCCACGAGUACUAAGUACUCGGCGCUGAGUUUUGAUAUAACUCAGUUUGUGAAAGCGGCGAAGAAAGAAAUGGGGGAGCCUCUGUGGGGUAAGAAAAUUCGAGGGAAUUUUUCUAACUCGGUGGAAGAUAGUGAUCAAGGUGAGUCAACUCGGCUCAAUUAUGGAUCCAUGGUUGGUUUUGAAGUAAGCGAGUUAGACCCCGAGAACUCACUCGCUGGGUUUCUAGAUCACGUUCCAAUGAGUUUGAGAAGAUGGGCUUGUUACCCAAUGCUACUCGGCCGAGUCAGGCGAAAUUUUAAGCAUAUUGCUUUAAUUGAUGUGAAAAACAUGGCCGUUGUCGGUGACCCACUCAGCCGAGUCAGGAAUCGGAGUCCCGAGUCAGUUCAUGUCACAAUGAAGCAAGAUACUAAGCACAGCAAACGAAAUUCGGACAAGACUCAGUCUCAACACCAGGCUAACUCGGCAAUAAUAAUGGGUGGGACUCGGGGAGUACGGAGACUUUCAAUUGCGAUGUUAACCGAAUUAGUGAGAGCCGCCAUGCAACACAAGAAGAAGAACUCAGUGACCGAGUCAGGAAUACUAAGUCAACUUGUGGGAAAUGAGUACAUACUAAAGAACAUCGAUUUGGUUACCUCAACUGAGUCAAUCCCAGACACGAGUUCACUCAGGGGGUCAAGUUCAAAGUCAAGUUUGGUGAGUUUUGGAUUAAUGCAACGUGGUAAUAGUAAUCAUGAUGUUGUUGAUUCUAUAAUUAUGAAGCAAAUAUGUAAUAGUGAAGGAGAUUUUUCUGUUUAUAAAAAUUGUUAGAAUACAAUUGAAAGAGAAAUAGAUAGAAUUUUUAUUUAUU